UUCUGGCGCCGCGUGAGUCCCCCACUGGCUGCUCUGAAAAGCCAUCUUUGCAUUGUUCCUCGUCCGCCUCCUUGCUCGCCGCAGCCGCCUCCGCCGCGCGCCUCCUCCGCCGCCGCGGACUCCGGCAGCUUUAUCGCCAGAGCCCCUGAACUCUCGCUUUCUUUUUAAAUCCCCUGCAUCGGAUCACCGGCGUGCCCCACCAUGUCAGACGCAGCCGUAGACACCAGCUCCGAAAUCACCACCAAGGACUUAAAGGAGAAGAAGGAAGUUGUGGAAGAGGCAGAAAAUGGAAGAGACGCCCCUGCUAACGGGAAUGCUGAGAAUGAGGAAAACGGGGAGCAGGAGGCUGACAAUGAGGUAGAUGAAGAAGAGGAAGAAGGUGGGGAGGAAGAGGAGGAGGAAGAAGAAGGUGAUGGUGAGGAAGAGGAUGGAGAUGAAGAUGAGGAAGCUGAGUCAGCUACGGGCAAGCGGGCAGCUGAAGAUGAUGAGGAUGACGAUGUUGAUACCAAGAAGCAGAAGACCGACGAGGAUGACUAGACAGCAAAAAAGGAAAAGUUAAACUAAAAAAAAAGGCCGCCGUGACCUA